AUGGAGGAAUUCCAGAAGGGGAAUUUAAAGAGUUUUAAAGAAAAACUGGUUCAAUUCAGGAAAAACCACCCUGAUCUAGUCCAGAACUCCAAAAAAUCUGAUGGUUCCAAGAGACACCGAAACAAAGCCCCAAAGAGUGUACAAGGAAAUGUGAAAAAUGAGAGGUCUCCUUCAAAAACUGAUGCAUUUUGCAAGAAUUUUAAAUUUCAUAAAGAGCCCAAGAAACCCCCCAUGAGUGGAUAUAACAAAUUUCAUCAAGAUUCAUGGUCAAGUAAGGAGCUAAAACAUUUGCCCCUGAGGGAGCGAAUGGUAGAGAUUAGCAGACGCUGGCACCAUGUGCCCCAGAACUUGAAAGAACAUUAUGCAAAGCAGGCUGAGGAGCUACAGAAACAGUACAGGGUGGAUCUGGAUCUCUGGCUCAAGGCUUUGUCACCUGAGGAAUAUGCUGCAUACAAAAAGAAAAGCCAAGGUAAAGGGAAGAACAUGACCACGGCAGGAGGCGCAAGCCCCAAGUUCAGAAAAGCAGACAUGCCAUCCUCACCAGCCAAGUGCCUGCCAGAAGGACUUAGAAAGGAAAAGGGGCUGGAGGCUCUAGAGACAGAUUCCUUGGAGACAAUCCAGAACAACUAUCAUCACGCACAGGGAUCAAAAAGGAAAAUGAAGGAAGAUGGGGAAGAGGAUGAAGCAAGAAACUUCUCAGAUUCCAGCAGUGGAGAUGAACAUGAAGAUGGUAGUUUAUCUUCCUGA